ACGCACGUGUUGAACGAAUAACCAACAAAAGACAAUAUUUAAUAAUUAGUAACUAAAUAAAGAUAUUUUAGAAUUUAUAAUAUUUGUUAAAAAUGUCUGUGAAACAAAGUAAAAAACGUAAAGCAUCAGGCGAUGUUGACAAUGGUGCUUCUCCUGAACAAAAACGACGUACAAAAAAUAAAAGUGUAACUUCUGAGUUAAAUGAUGAGAGUAAAAUUGAUGAAAUAGAAGAAAAAAAUGAUACUGCGAAUUCUUCCGAUAAAAAAGUUGUUGAACAGAACGGGCACGAUGCAAAUUCUGAAAAUGAAGAUGACCAGGAAGAUAAUGAUGAUGGUCAAUCUGAAGAUGAAAAUGAAAAUGAGAAUGAUACUAAAGAGGCUCUGCCCCCUUUGGAUAUGAAAACUUUUAGGAAUGAACUGAAUGGAUCUUCUGAAAAUGCUUUAGCAGUGCUCAAGAGAUUCAAUCGUUCUUCACCCGAUACAGUAAGUGAUUACCUAAGAACUGGCGGAAAUGCUUUUGAAAUUUUAAGUGUAAUUAGUAAAAUAGAUAAAAAAAACACUAGAGAAGCCAUGAUAAUAUUCGAAGCUUUACACCGGGUUUUGUUUGAAAUUAUUGCUAAUUAUGCACAUCUUAUACCAAAUGCUUUAGAAGCCUGUAGAUAUCUUAUGAACACACAUAUGAAUUUCGUUCACACUAUGUUAAGUUCAACGGGCAAAGCUAUACAGAGAAAGUCAGCUUUAAAAUUACUCACUGCUAUGGUAUCGGUAAACUCAUUGUUAGGAAGAGAUAUAUUAAGUCAUUUAAGUUUGCAUUUACAAAUUAUUGAAAUGUUAUCCAUGCAAAUCAAUCCUUUCGACAAAGGCAGUGUGCGAGUUUGUUUUAUACACUUUCUAAUGUCUUUUCUGGUUGAAGGAGAUUUACCUUUGAUACGCCAAUUCUUAAGUCGCAAAGGUAUUCUGAGUGCUAUAAUACCAGAUUUAAUAUACGAUCUACCCAGCACUGUAAAUUUAGUUUUGACUACUAUAAGAACGUGUGUGCUUGAGAAUAUAAAUAUUUCCAAAACACUCAAAAUGCAAACGUUUAACACUUUUGUGGUGCAGCAUUUGGUUAAAUUGUAUGAUUGGUUGGGACCUUGCAAUUUUGAAAAAAAUAAAACCAGAAGAAAGUCGAAAUUUAAGCAAACUGUAACUGAAGUGAGUGCAGAUGAUAAAGAAAUUGUUUUGAAGUCUGUACAUGAUUUAAUGCUUGUUUUGUGUACCUCGUACAGAUUCGGAAUUGUGUUCAGGAAUAAAAGUUUCGGCAAAACCAAUAACAAUCCUUUGUUAAAUAUGAUACUUAAAAGUAUUGACAAACCUUGGGAAAACGAGCGAAAGCAAGAUUUGGUAAUAGCUUCGUUAGAAGCUUGUCCGGAUUUGUACCAAAAUUAUAUGCAACAAAUUUGUUCUUAUUUGCAACCAAGAAAUUCUAACGCUUGGGCCAAAACUGUAUCGUUUGUUUAUAAUUUAAUAUCCAGAAUAACGCCGGAUAAAUUAAUAAAUUAUAAUGAGCAAGUGAGCUUGAAACAAUUGUCUAAUACUGUAGGAUUAAUAUAUAUGCCUGUGCAUGUUUUGAAAUAUUUUAACGACGAGUUUUUCCAAACAAAUAAGGACGUUGCUGUUGAGUACGAGGCUUUGAAAUUGUUUCAAAUUAUGUUGAAGCAAGUUAAUGCUUCGAUAAAUUAUAUGAAAACGAACCAAAGUGAUACUCAGCAGUUUCAAAAAUAUAUCACAGAACAUAUUUCUAACACAUUUCCUUCGAUUGAUAAUAUAUUAGGCUGUUGGAUACUUGCUUCUAAACUAAAAUCUGAAAAUGAAAGUGCAGAAGCUGAUGUUGAAAUCAAAAAACCGUCCAUUGAUGCACACAGAGAACUUAUUCUAGACUUAUUAAUCUCUUACAACAAUUGCAAUUCUAACGCUUACCAUAAUGUAUCAAUAACUUUAGAUUCUGAAGAUAUUUUAGAUAAAAUCACCAGUUUCAACGAUGGUACGAAAAUCGAUUCCGUUUGUAUGAAAACUUUAGAACUAUUGAUGCAAAUUAAUUCAAAAGAAUUUGUACCAAACACCAGACUAUUUGAAAAAACAUUUUUAAUACUCUUAAAGCAAUUUGUCACCGACAGUUCUGAGUAUGUUAAAAAUUUGAUCCUAAAAUUGAUGAAUUUAACAGGUUUAUAUGAUGCUAAUAAGACGGAAAUGGAAAUUUGGUUACACGGUUUUAAAUACAUUGAUGAAGAACACACAAACGCGGUUAUCAAUUUUUUGUACCAAGUAAUUGAUGAGUCUUCAAAAAGUAUUUUUAAAUAUUUUGAUAAAUUGUCUUUAUUGAAAAAACAAGCCCAAGUAGAUGAUAACGAGUUUGUUGCACGCAAAUCUGCUUAUGAUGAUUUAUUUGAUAAUAUUGAAAAUAUUGAUGAUAAUUCGUAUACGAAUUUAGAAAUUAAUAACUUAGGACCGGUUUUAAUUUGUGCUGUUGAAUUAUUAGAGCACAAAAAGUAUAAAAAUGACCAGGGCGUAAAAUUGUAUUUGUCUCACGUUGCUUUGUAUUUAUAUCAUAAUUAUUAUUCGUACAGAGUUGUUUCUCAUGUGAUAAAAAAUACUGGAUUGGCGUUAUUUGAAGAGUAUUUGGAAUCCUGGAUGGCACUCAGUGUUAUCACACCUUUGAAAAAAAUUUGUGGAAAAAAGACUUUGAUGUGCAAAGUAAGCAAAGCAGUUUUGGCUGAGGAAUCUAUAGAUGUUUUUAAAAUUUUGGGUUUAAACAAUUGUGAGGAGGGUAUAGAAAAUAGCUUAAAUAUUUUGGGACAAGUUUGUGUCCUGGAAAAAGAUUUAAACAACGUAGAAAUAUUUUGUUUGCUGAAUAUGUGCAUAUUUUAUAUAUCAAGACUAACACAAGUUUCAUUGCUGACUGAAAAUAUUGUAGAAAACGCGCAAAAAGUAUGUUUUGCUUUAUGUGAUAUCAUGUACCACAAAAAUAAGAGCGUAUUAAGCGAUGCAAUGAAAUUAUUCCUUACAAACCCGGUUAUUUUGCAACAUUUCAAUCCUAUACCAAAAAAGAAACAAAGUUUAGUGACAAACUUUGUCACAAAUUUUGUUAAACAUUUAAAAAGCAAAAAUGACAUCACUUACCUUAUGUACCAACAAUAUUUGUUACCAUACAGAUCUAAAGUUGUACGUUCGAUGAAAAAAGCGAUUGAAAAAGAAACUGUUUUGAAAAAUAAUGAUGCUAUUGAUGUCUUGGAUUUGUUCAAUAUUACAUUUGAAGAAUCCUUAACAAUUUUGGGAAUGUUGGUGGAGCUUGAUUACAAAAAUUUUAUAUCUGCUGAAAAUGAUGCAUCAAAUUGGUCUAAUGCUUUGGUAUUUGCAUUAAACAAAAUUUGCAGUUUGAGUACAAAUACUGACAAAUUAGAUAAAAUUAGUACAGAAGUUUGUUCAAACUUAUCAUCACUGUAUGUAAAUUUGAAAACAAAACUUGAUGUUGAAAUUAAUUUUGAUACUUUGGAAGAUUAUUUAUACAAGUUGCUUUCAACGUUUCCUCAAAUCGUCGUAGAAUUUUCCAAAAAAUUCAAACAUUUGCUAGGGAGUAGCAGAAUUAGUAAAAACACUGCUAAAUUGAUUUCACUAUGUUUAGAACGUGAUUGGGCCCAAAAAAGUUAUUUCAUCAAGUACGUGAACAAGACUGAAAAUAUAUCAAAAAAAGAAAUUAUAUUUCCUUUACUAACUGCAGCCCUAAAUCAUAAUUUCAACGACGAAACAGUUUUGCAAAAUGUGUUCAACGAACACAAAGUGAGUAUUCAGAAGGUUAUAGAGAAACCACAUAAAGCUGGUCAAAUGUAUAAAGACAAUUACAAAAUGAUAGCCUAUAUUGUGAAUAAAUGUAUGGAUAUACCAGUUUGCCAAGGUUUUACUAACAAAAUUUUGAAGUUUGAAGUUGCAGAACAAUUUCACAUUGAAAUUUUGCAUGAGGUCUACAUGAAAGUGGCUUUAGGCAAAACGAAAGAUAAAAAGUUUAUAGAAAACUACUAUAUUGUUUUGAUAAUGCUGUUGAAUAUAACUUUACGCCAAGGUACUACAGAUUUAGAUAAAGUAUUAUUUAUCCUGGACAAAAUUAAUAAAUGGACAAUGAUGUUUGGUGACGAGUCGUUUAAUCGUGGUAACAUUUUAAAACAUGGCAGUUGGGAAAUAUUUUGUAAGCUUGCGUUGAAAAAUGGUUUGAAAUCAGCAAAAUCCACAGAUGCAUUUGAGUAUAAUAAUGGUGUUUUGUUAAAAGUUUUGGCACUUUUGUGUAAAGUCUUCUACCAAGAUGAAAGUGAUGAAGCUUGUACGAUUUUCCAAAUGGCAGUUUCGCACUCAGAGUUUGUGAAUGUUAUUUUACAAACCGAAGACAAUGAUGCCAAAACAUAUUUGCUUGAACUUAUGUGGUGUAUCGUGCAAAAAAAUAAAUCAGUAAUGCAAACCUCACAUGUUCCUGUAUAUUUAGGCGCGUAUCACGCCUCUUUAUCAACUAGCGACAGGUUGAUUUUGGCUUUACUUCAAUUUUACGAAAAAUCAGGAGUCAGUUUGUACGAAUACAGGCCGUUUUUGUGGGGCGAAACUGCUGUGAAUCAUUAUUCGCUCAAAGGUUCAAUAGGCAACAAUUUGUGGCGACAACCUUCGAUGAACGAAGUACUAGAUUUACUAGACUCGAAUAUGGUAGAUAACACCAUAAAGUAUUAUCCUGUUACCAGAAGUAUGGACGCAACUGAACAGAUAUAUUUUGAAAACGAAGAAGGAAAAUCGGGACACCAAUACGAAAAUCGUUUGUUGGAAAAAUGUAUCGAUCGUGCGAUUUUGCAGCAUGAAGACAACACGGUGUUAUCAAAAGUGCUGAAGAAUGGAACAAGUAUGUUGAUGUCUGCUCCUGAUUUGAACAGAUCGAGUGAGAUUUAUGAUCCAGCGUUUUUCCUGCCGCUGUUUUCGCUGCUGUUUGCACCAGAAGCUGCACCAGCUACUGGUAAAGCAGCUGUUAGUGGAGUGACGUCGCUGAUUUGGAGGGCGAUGGGUUCCCGGCAAUCUGAUACGAGGUCUGCGGCUUGUCUGGCCUUGACCAGGGUACGAGGACACAUUGAUGCCCAAAGAUAUGCAAAAGAUAAAGACCUAUGGUUACAUUCAAUAGACUUUGUCCGAAGAGCCAUAUCAGAAGAGCAAACCGAAGAACCUGAUCUUUCCACUGCACCUAGUUUAUCCUCCAUAACUUCCUUAUUCCUAUCAAGGACAUCAAGAGUUCUAACACAACCUUUGAACGGUCUCUACAACCCUUUAACAAAUUAUUUAGUCGUCAAAGAAAGAAUGGAAUUAAAAACAGUGCCUGAGAUGUUAUUACUUCUUCACAGUCCAAACCCGGAAUAUAAAAUCCACAGAGUGUGGAUGUUAGAACUACUUCGAGAUGGUGUAAAAACAACCGAUGAUUUUGAAGUAAUGUUAAAUAGCUGUGCAUAUAAGUUGAUCAUGGAUUUUUAUACAUGUACUAUAUGUGAUAAGGAUUGCAAAAUUUUAAUAUUGAACAUAAUGAAUAAUACGAUUAAAAUACCAAAAGCAGCUAAACUUCUUGCAGAAGGACAUGGACUGUUGCCAUGGUUGCUGGGUGUGAUUACAACUUUAAAUCAGACAGAAUUCGAUUUAAUAUCUGCUGUUAUAGUUUUGAUUAAUAAUUUAAGAUGUAGCUUGAUUGCUUAUAAUUUAAACCAACAUUUAAUAUCUAGUAAUGUAAUGGAUGCCCAAAAUUUGAUUUUAUCAGAUCACACAACUACUUUCCUUUGUACUUUGAUUACUAUGUUAUCACAAAAACUAACGCACCCUAUUGAUAAUUUAAUAAGUAUUUGUGAAAAAGUUUUCAAACAAGAUACAGAGUGUAAAAUUCUUUUGCAAACUAAAGCAAAUCAUGCUCAACCUUUGAAAAUUUUAGUCAAUUCUAUUUUAAAUUCGGAUGCAGAUCCAUAUGCAGAAUAUGGAAUUAAAUAUUUAAAAUUGCUUAUAAGGAGUUGGUUGAAACAUGAAGAAAUUUGUUAA